UGAAGUGGGUGUGCAGACUUGCAAUGCUGCUGCGGUUUGGGGUGGUGGUGACUUUGGAAGAUCACGAUGGGCAGCUGUUUGUGUGCGGAUCCAGGCCGGAGCUGGGACACUGGGACCUCGGGCGGGCAGUGCCGAUGGUAGCUGCGGGGAGCGCCGUGAACGAGCCCUCCUACUGGACCGCCGAGGUCCUGCUGCAGGAACCCAGCAAAGAGACCUUCUGGUUCAAGUUUGCCAAAAGGAUCCAUGGCCAGUUCAUCUGGGAAGGAAAUGGGCCAUUCCACGAUCGCUGCUCUGAAUACGAUGACAGCAAUUUGGUGGACGGUGUUUAUUGUUACCCUGUCGGACAUUAUGUUGAGGCCAGUGGAUGUACAAAUGAGAUGAAGCACACGACUGAUUUCUACUUUCACAUCGCUGAUCACCAGGCUAUGCAUUACUCCAGGAUUCUGCCCAGGAUUUGGCUUGGCAGCUGUCCUCGACAGAUAGAGCACGUGACCAUCAAACUCAAGCAUGAGCUGGGGGUGACUGCAGUAAUGAACUUCCAGACAGAGUGGGACGUGGUUAACAAUUCGUGCGGAUGUAACCACAAAGCAGAGCCAAUGAAACCUGAAUUCAUGAUGGAACUGUACAAAGACACUGGCUUAGCAUACACGUGGAUGCCCACUCCAGAUAUGAGUACAGAAGGCAGGGUGAAAAUGCUGCCUCAGGCUGUAUACUUGCUUCAUGGAUUGCUGGAGAACGGCCACACUGUCUAUGUCCAUUGUAAUGCAGGUGUGGGUAGAUCAACUGCUACGGUGUGUGGGUACCUGAUGUACAUCAUUGGAUGGAGUCUUAGGAAAGUUCAGUACUUUGUGACCUCCAAGCGACCUGCAGUAUACAUAGAUGAAGAGGCUCUGAUUUGUGCUCAAAACGAAUUUUAUCAAAAGUUUGGACAUGUUCACUCUUCUGUGUGUCACAACUGUUAAAUAAUAAUUACACCUUAAAAAGAGCAUAUUUAAAGAUGGGUAGUGAAUUGUUUUCUCUUUUUAAAAUGACUGCAUUUUUUGAUGUUAAUGUUAGGGUAGUCCAACAGCUUUGAACAGAUAAUCCUUGCAACCACCAAGAAUUAGUUCAUAGUUUCAUUUAAAGUAUUGUUCCAUUGCCCAGGUAGAACAGUUGUGUUAAUGCUUUUAAUUCAUUCAGACUGGAGGAAUAAAAAUACUGUUUUUAGAACUGUAUGCAAGUAACUAUUGUGAGCUAGCCAUGUUUAUUUACCAAUGACACUGGGUGGAAACUGGUUGAUCCUAUUGUGCCACCCCAAAGAAAGGAUUGUUUAGUUAUUUACAACUUUUCUUUCCAAGAACCUUACUGAGGCAUGCAGCAUUCCCAGAGUUAAAUCCCAUUCAGUAACUAGCCAGAGAGGUAUGUGAAAAAUGGCAUCAGGAACUUUGCCUUGUGAUUUUCUCUCCUUUCUGUAGAGAACAUCCAGGCUCUGCACAGCUUGGGCUAGCCAAAUUACCAAGUAUGGAGUAGCAAAUUAGUUGUGUCAUCAGGUAACUGCUUACCUUGAGAGAUCAAUAAACAAACAUCACAGAAGAUCUGUACUGUGGAAUACAACAUGGCUUCAUAUUAAUAAUCCCCAAUUUCAUAUAUAUAGGGUUUAUAGUACAGACAGCCCAACUGGUCUAUGACAGUGGUUAUCCUCCACAUGAGCUUUCUCCCACCCCUCCUCUUAUCAGCAUAUCCUUCUAAACUUUUCUCCAUCAAUUACUUACCUAACUUUCCCUUAAAGGCAUCUUAAAGGCACUUUGUG